GUGUGCACUUCAAUCGGGAAAAGACGAUUUAUAACUUCACCACAGCGUUGGAAUCGAAAUCUUUUUUCAGGAGCCUUCCAGUAUGGCCAGCUUUGAGGUGGAUGAAGAGAUCCAUAGGCUGGAGGGGUCCAGUGGUCAAGAGCAAGGUGGUUUGCUCAUCAUGAAGAAAGGCCCCUCUAAGUCUGCUGACAACUCUCAUAAAUUCAAAAAACCUGACACUCCCAGGAUUUCCCUUCUUGGCUUGGACAGACUAGCUGCAGCUAAACGAGACGCACAGGAGGAUGCUUCCUCUACACCUAAAAGGUCUAAGGUUCUAUCUUACAGAGAUGACAAUGAAGAGGAUGACAUUGAGGAAGAUGACAGAGACACUAGCAGAAAAAAACACAAGGACAAAGAAAGACAGUACCGUCAACCGCGAGAGGACACCCCAUCUCAUCCAGGCGGCGUUAGCUCUGCGGCCAGAGAUCGGCUACAAAAACACCACAAAGACAAAGAAAGAGGAAUCAAGGUGUCUUCUUAUGACUCGGACAGGAAAAGAGAUAGGGACAAAGAUUCCAGCAGACAUCAUUCAAGAAAGAAAGACAGAGGAAGUGAGAGAAGCGAGAGACAUUCACACUACGGCGACUUUUCCGAGAGGAGCAAUAGGGAAUGGGAUGAGACUCCAGACACUGGCCGCUUCAGAGUUAACAAAGAUGAAAUGCCCACUCCUAAUAUAAAAGUGAAAGAUACUCCGUCUCACUCUACUUGGGAUGAUGAUGAUCUCCCGGCGCCAAGCAGGUCUAACUGGGAUUUACCCUCCCCAAGCAUCCACUCCAAAAACAGAGAUCGUGACAGGUCCUCCUCGAGGGAUAGGAGAUCUGAGAGGUCAGAAAGGUCAGACUGGUCACAACGAUCUGAUCGAGACCGCAGGCACAGAAAGGACGGAGAGAGAAGUCACCACAGGUCUGAGAGAAGUGGUCACAGGGAACAAUCAUCCAGGUCGAGGCGACGAGAUGAGUACACACCGAAGGCAACACCUACCUACAAAUACAAUGAGUGGAUGAAGGACCGGAAGAGGAUAGAAUACACUCCCAAAGAUGGUGGUCAGCCAGGGAAGGAAAACGUUUUGGAAUUCAACACGGAAGAGGAUCGACGAGACUGGGAGAAGGAGCAGAAGCGUCUCGAUCGAGAGUGGUACAACAUGGACGAGGGCUAUGACGACGAGCACAAUCCAUUCUCAGGCACUUCAAAGGAGUACACCAGGAAGAAAGAGGAGGAAAUGGAGCAAAAGAAGAAAAAGCGAAUGUCUGCUCAGCAAAGGCAGAUCAAUAAGGACAACGAGCUGUGGGAGACCAACAGGAUGUUGCGCAGUGGUGUGGUGGACCGACUCAACUUUGACGAGGAUUUUGAGGAGGAGAAUGAAGGGCGUGUCCACUUGCAAGUGCACAACAUUGUCCCACCAUUUCUGGAUGGAAGAAUUGUCUUCACCAAACAGCCAGAGCCUGUUGUACCUCUGAAAGACCCAACAUCAGACAUGGCUGUUGUGGCUCGUAAAGGCUGUGCUGUAGUCCGCACCCACAGAGAACAAAAGGAACGGAAAAAGGCACAGAAGAAAGAGUGGGAGUUGGCAGGUACCAACAUCGGCAACAUUAUGGGGGUCAAGAAAAAAGAGGAGGAUGAGGAUCAGGGAGAUGAGUCAAGUUAUAAAGAAGAUCACAAGUUUGCUGAGCUGAUGCAGGAGAAGACGGAGGCAGUGAGUGAGUUUGCUCUACAGAGGUCUCUGCAGCAACAGAGACAAUUUCUGCCCAUAUUUGCUGUACGGAAUCAGCUGCUGACAAUUAUCCGAGACAACAGCGUUAUCAUUAUCGUUGGUGAGACAGGAUCAGGAAAAACUACCCAACUCACUCAGUUCCUGCAUGAGGAUGGCUAUACCAAGACGGGUAUGAUUGGGUGUACACAGCCCCGCCGAGUUGCGGCCAUGUCGGUGGCCAAGCGUGUGUCGGAGGAGAUGGACGUCAAACUUGGAGAAGACGUCGGCUAUGCUAUCCGUUUUGAGGACUGCACUUCUGAGAAAACAAUGAUCAAGUACAUGACGGACGGUAUCCUUCUGCGAGAAUCUCUGCGUGAAUCCGAUCUGGACCACUACAGCGCUAUCAUCAUGGACGAGGCCCACGAGAGAUCGCUCAACACUGACGUGCUCUUUGGUCUGCUCAGAAAUGUGGUGUCAAGACGCCAUGACCUGAAACUGAUAGUGACGUCUGCCACAAUGGAUGCCACCAAGUUUGCCACUUUCUUUGGCAAUGUUCCUGUGUUCACCAUUCCUGGUCGUACGUUCCCUGUGGAUGUGUUGUAUGCCAAAAACCCACAAGAAGACUAUGUGGACGCAGCUGUGAAACAGGCUUUGCAAGUGCAUCUUGGAGGGUUGCCUGGUGAUCUUCUGAUCUUCAUGCCUGGUCAAGAAGAUAUCGAGGUGACUUGUGAGCUGGUGACAGAGCGGCUGGGAGAGCUGGAUGAGGCUCCUCCUUUGGCUAUUUUGCCCAUCUACUCUCAGCUGCCCUCUGACCUCCAAGCCAAGAUCUUCCAGAAGGCUCCCGAUGGCAUCCGCAAGUGCGUUGUGGCCACCAACAUUGCCGAAACAUCACUCACAGUUGAUGGGAUCAUGUUUGUGAUAGACUCUGGCUAUUGCAAACUAAAGGUUUACAACCCGAAGAUUGGUAUGGACGCCCUGCAGAUCUUUCCAAUUAGUCAGGCAAAUGCAAAUCAGAGGUCUGGUCGUGCUGGCAGAACGGGACCAGGUCAAGCUUAUCGCCUGUACACACAACGUCAGUACAAAGAUGAACUUCUCACAACCACAGUUCCAGAAAUUCAGCGGACCAACUUGGCACACGUUGUGUUACUGCUAAAGUCAUUAGGUGUCCAGGAUCUUCUACUGUUUCACUUCAUGGACCCUCCUCCGGAGGACAACAUCCUGAACUCGAUGUACCAGCUGUGGAUCCUCGGUGCCCUGGACAACACGGGCGCGCUGACCGCCCUGGGCCGCAACAUGGUGGAAUUUCCUCUGGACCCGGCUCUCUCCAAGCUCAUCAUUGUGUCUGUGGACAUGGGUUGCAGCGCCGACUGUUUGGUACUCAUCCAGUUGGUGUAAUGAACAUUUCAUACACGCCAAAGCCAUGAGAAAGGUGCGAGAAGUCCAACAGCAGCUGAGGGAGAUUAUGGAGCAGCAAAAGAUGGACCUGGUUUCCUGUGGCACAGAGUGGGACAUCAUCCGCAAGUGCAUCUGCUCCUCGUAUUUUCACCAAGCGGCAAGGCUCAAGGGUCUGGGUGAAUAUGUGAACACGCGUACUGGAAUGCCGUGUCACCUUCACCCAACCAGCGCUCUCUUUGGCAUGGGCUACACGCCGGACUACAUUGUGUACCAUGAGCUGGUCAUGACUUCCAAGGAAUACAUGCAGUGUGUGACCGCUGUAGACGGCCAGUGGUUGGCCGAGCUAGGCCCCAUGUUCUACAGCAUCAAGGACGCCAGCAAGUCAAGACAGGAACGAAAGAAACAGGAGGAUGAUGAAGUGAAAGCCAUGGAGGAGGAGAUGAAAAGGGCAGAGGAGCUCAUCAAAGCCAGGAAGGAACAGAUGGAGGCAGCACCCAUGUCUGUGCGCAGUACAAAGAUUGUUACUCCUGGCCACAAGAAGCCAAAAACACCUGCCCUCACCCCGCGCAGAUCCCCAAAGUUUGGCUUGUGAAGGUGCCUAAAUAACCCCUGAGGAGAUGUCAUAAAGAAACAAAAUACUGACCGACAA